GGUUGGAGUUAAAGUGAAUGUGUUCAAGCCAGGCCUGGUAAUAUAGGACAUUUUGCAUGUGCUCUGAGGGCUUGGCGUUGUUGCAGAAUAACAUUUGAAGGAGAAAAAAACAGCGAGGAGGGUCUGAACAGAUUGUGCUGCAGCCUGUAGUCAUGGCACCGACAUGCUUCUCCUUCACCCUCUGUGUGAUGACUGUUGGCAAUUAGCAUAGCUUGCACCUUUCUUGGGCUGUGCAUGUAGAAGUGAGAGUUUCUGGCAUAGUGGUGCAGUCUUUUAAGAAAAAUAAAAGCAGCCCUCCUUUAUAAUCUGUCACUGCUGGACAAGUGAAACUUUGCAGGAAGGCAUCUGUAAUCACAGCUGUAGCCACGCUCUGAAGUUUAAGGACUUCAUCUGAAUCAUGGGGAACAUUUUUGGGAAUUUGCUGAAGAGCCUCAUAGGGAAGAAGGAGAUGAGGAUCUUGAUGGUGGGGCUUGAUGCUGCAGGAAAAACGACAAUCCUCUACAAGCUCAAACUGGGGGAAAUAGUCACCACCAUCCCAACCAUUGGGUUUAACGUGGAGACGGUGGAGUACAAGAACAUCAGCUUCACUGUGUGGGAUGUGGGCGGACAGGACAAGAUCCGCCCCCUUUGGAGACACUACUUUCAGAACACACAGGGUCUAAUCUUUGUGGUGGACAGUAACGACAGAGAGCGUGUGAACGAAGCACGAGAGGAGCUGAUGAGGAUGUUGGCUGAGGACGAACUGAGAGAUGCAGUCCUCCUUGUGUUUGCCAACAAACAGGACUUACCGAAUGCCAUGAAUGCUGCCGAGAUCACAGACAAGUUGGGCUUACACUCCCUGCGCCAUCGUAACUGGUACAUCCAGGCCACCUGCGCCACCAGCGGCGACGGCCUCUAUGAGGGUCUUGAUUGGCUGGCCAAUCAACUCAAGAACAAGAAAUAAGAAGAAAACUGGAACAAGCAGCCACACCCCUCUAAGUUUUCGUUUGUUUUGGGAAUGGGGAAGCGUAGGUACAGGGGUUUUGAUUAAUGGGUGAAAAUCAAGAUUCUGGCUUUGGGGAAGAUUUUAGGCUUUCGUUUUCAGUCUCUUGAGGUUCCUAAUAGUUUUCAGGGCUUAUUAAAAACACAUUCUCAUGUACUUUAUAUUUAACCUCACGCACACACACACACACACACACACACACACAAAUGCACACUAACCGUAAGCAAUCACAGCAGACACUUGCUUCUCCUGUGUCCACCUCUUGUAUUUAGGUGCAAUGUACUGUAUGUUCGUCUCUAGGUGCUGUAAGAAGUCAUGUGUGACUCCACUGAGUCAGCAAUGAGUCAAAUAUGACUUUUUGUUGGUGUAUGUCUUUUAACUCAUCUAUGGACUUUCCGUCGUCCAUAAAAAGAAUGGUUGUGUGUCAGUUACACUUGUUUUUAUUUUUUUUUCCUAACAGGGCCAUGUUUGGAAACAAUCACAGCUGGCAGAUUCAUGUGACCAUAAUUCUACCUUCUAAUUUGUGAGCAAUGCUGAGACACUUUAAUACUUAGAUAAAGUGUGUACGUGUGUGAGCGUGUCCAUAUUCUGUAUAUGUUUCUGCAAGCGGCCCAGUCAGUAUUAAUCAUGAAAAAGACAACAGGACUGGAGUUUUCCCUCUCACACGUCCUCUUACUGCCUCAUUUUGGAAAUCUUUUUGAUAUUUGUGGCAUGUUUCUACUCCCCGUAUGGCAACCCGAAGUCUUGAAGCAGCCCUUCACAACACGUUCUCGGCCGCCUGAGUUGCAUGCGUCCCGGUAGAUCUUGCUGACAUUGUUGCAUACUUUUCCAUCCUCGGAGCUGCAUGCAUGUUGACGCUGUUUGUAGAUUUUUUCUAACUGCAAUCAUCGUGUUAUGAUGCUGUUUACAGUAAAAUGCAGAAACCACAAAUUCCUGCAUUUAGUUGUCAACAUGCGCUUAAUACAGUAUAGUCAGCUUUAUGGUCUUUUUUUUUUUUAUGUGAAAGCAGUAUACAAAACACAACACACAUGACCUGCACAGCUGCUGCUCAUCUGCCUUCAUGUGUGUCCAUAUGAGUACUCAAACCACAUCAGGCUUCUCUCGCUUUGUGUGUUUUUGUCUCAGACUUGCAUAUCGGGGGAUGGUAACUGUGUUACUGAAUGUGAAUAUUGUCGACGAAUCUAUAAAUGGCUGUAAUAUUUAUUUAACAUGCAUAUUCCUUUAUUUCAGUGAUAAUUAUGUAAAAGAAAGCAGGGUAAGCAGAUCAAUUCAGUCAUCGGCACAUCCACUACUCACUAUUGAACAGCAGACGAGUUACUGCGUCACCACAGAUACCAGCAGAAUCCACAGACUUCUGUCAAUAAAACAACUUCUUGUGUGCCAUACAUGGGUACUACUACUCAUGUACCAGUGACCGUACAACAUACUGUAAAUCCACUUCACUAAGUUAUGAGUGCAUUGUUCAUAUUCAGCAUCUAUGUUAAAUCAUGACUUUGAUCGUUUGGGUUUUGUGGCCUUAGGUAUUUAGUGAUGACUUCUAAUUCAUUUCCUCUCAGCUCGUUCAGUUCUGAUUUCGAGCCACAUAUAUUUAUCUAUAAAGAAUAAUUUACAGAUUUGCUCUCUAUGCCCUCAAAAGCACGGUGAUUAGGCAAAGGUUUUGUCCUUUUGUUUUGCCAGUUUACUUGAUUCAUAUUUGGCGGUAGAUUUCCUGGGUUUUCCUUGGGUUGUAAAGAAACUUUGAUGUAGACUUUGUCUGUGAAACAAUGCUAAUCUGUGCGAACAAAAGAAAAUGUGAAAAAAACAUUCUGUACCGUUAUAGUUACACAAGUAGAUUUUAAAACGGUGAAGACCAUGUUUCAGUGCUGAAUGCAAAGAUACAUCCUGUAUGUGAUGUAACAACAAACAAAAUCCUGCUCUAUUACAAAUAAACCCGUUUUAUGUAUGA